AGUCAAACCCACAGAGGCUCACAAGACUGUCUCGCCUGCAGCACACACACUCUCUCUUUCUAUUACAUUCCUGGCUGUGGAUUCUCCAUCUUCCUACGUACAUCUGCAGGCCAUUGGUAGAAGCCAGCCCUAUCUGCCUCAGGGGUCAGAAGAAUAGAGAACAACAUGUGACAAUCAGUGCUCCACAGUCGACAGGAUGCUUCGAUUUCCUCAGACCUUGGCUCUCUUUUUUUGGUAUUACUUGUUACUUCACAAUCGAGCUUUGGCUGAUGAAAAGUCCACUGGAGAGGAGAAAUCUAGCAUUUACUCGUGGUUUCCAUCCAUACCCAAGCUCCCAUCCAUACCCAAGCUCCCAUCCCUACCCAAGCUCCCAUCCCUACCCUCAUUUGGCCUUUUUGGAAGCUCAAAUGGCAUAAAUGAAGAUGCUGUCUCAACAACAACUGCCAAAGGGAUGAGGGAACUAACAAGUCUUUUUCAAGACCAAGCUGCAUCGGGAGAAGAGAGCAAUUUUGAGCAAUCCCAAGAAAUCACAACAUUGACUCAAAGCCUCUUUAUGAGUGUGACAGAGAUAAGAACUGAACCACUUCCCACUAGGACAUCAGAUUUGCCACACAGAGGCACAGCUCAGAGAAUAAGUGAAGCUAUUGUUUCUCCCACAAACAGUUUUAUCAUAAACACACUGUUCACCAAGAGUCCACACAGAACUAACCCUUCAGUACAGAACAAAACACAUAAUCUAACAUCAUGGAGAUCUACCACAAUUGGAAAUCCUAGUAAAGAUGACCCUGAAAAUCCACUUUCAGAUGACGUAAAAGUAGAUCAGGAAGUUUACUUUACAAAAAGCAUUCCUUCAACAGUCCCACCAGAAACUACAGUUCCUACAGCCCUGACAUGGAACACAGUCCAAACCACAACACCCAACCCCGGACUAGUGGAGACUGCUCAGACCAGCACACACCCUCAGAGGCAUAUUACACUUCCUACCGUUUCAAGAACGAAUGUUGUUGCAAAAAAAGAACAUUUAGCUGUUAGUGUCGCCCUACACUCAUUAGAGGGAACAUCUGAAAUUUACCCCACAAAGGGUCACUCAAACAUAGGCAUUUCUGAGAGGAGUCUGGUCAAUACUGAGCAGCAGCCAGUGGUCUUUUCUUCCAUGCCAAGGAUGGAUCCGGCUGUGGCACAAGUCACGACAGAAAUUCACCCCACUCAAAACUCUUUAGAAAUGGAUUUCUCAGGCACCAGUAUGGUGACUGCUGGACAAAUGUCAGAAGUAUUCCCUGCUGCUCUCAGGACUGAUCAUAACUUAGUAGUUCAGGACACAACAUCAGAAAUGUAUCCAACAAAAGGCCUUUUAGAAUUGGAAUUUUCUGAUAACAUUAUCCAGAGUUCCCAACAACAGCCAAGAGUAUUGCCUACCAUAUCAAGGAUUGAUCAUAACUUGGAAAAGGACGAGAAAACACCAGGCAUAUACUACACACAACGCCAUUUAGACUUGGACUUCUCCGAGACCAGUACAGUAAAUGCUAAACAAGGUCCAGGACUCUUUUCUUCCACCGUUAGGAGGAAUCCUAAUUUAGACGUGGAGAGCACAACACAGGAAAUCCAGACUACCCAGAGCCAUUUCGACUUGGGCUCUUCUGAGAGGACAACAAAGAAUGCUGCACAACCUGGAAUAUUCUCUACCACCCUCUUGAUUGAUCAGAAUUUUGCUGUGGAGUCGAUACCAAGCACAACUCAAAGCUAUGGGACUAACUUUCCAAUUCCACAGGGUAAGCAGACUUCAGCAAAUCUAUGGAGGAAAUUGACUUGCGUCUUCCUAGACCUGCCAGGCAAAGAGGCUAAGCAGGAAGAUGAAGGUGUGAUUACUUCAGCUACGGACAGAGAUACCCCCAUAAAUUUGACAGACCGUUCCACAUCAUCUGCUCAACAGCCAACGACAUCCACAUCACAGAACACAGGUAUUUCCUCUGAAUCUCCAUCUAUACGUCUGUAUGACGAAGAGUGGAUAUCUGACAUACCAAGCAGUGACAGCACCUUACUUCCUGACUGCAAUAAAGAAGGCUCUGGUAUCUGCAACCUCUCCUACACCUGGGAUGCCACUACUACCAUGAGCAUGAAGCCAACACAAAAUAUUACUGCCACAAAUCACUCUACCAACCCCUUUUUAAUCCCACCUGCACCAAUGCUGGUGCCCUUGUACACAGACUGGAACAGUGCCAUUUCGACCUGGGGCUUGGCAUGGGAAGCACAUGUCUACGGUGCAGGUGGAAUCUUUGCAGUGUUAACACUUGCCUCUGCACUAAAUCUGCUUUGUUUGCCGCUGAGAUGUCCAUCAGGGUGCGGCUACUUUGCUUUGGUUAGCCUGUUCCUUCUAGCGGCUGGAUGCACAAGAUCAUUUUCUCUGCUGUAUGACGCCUAUGGUCACCAUGAUCGCAUAUCCUCCACAGAGGCCUCACUCAUGCUGUACGAAGCACCUUUUCCCUGCCUUACUGCAGCUUUCGGUUUGGUUUUUCUUCUCCUCUCAAUGCGUUCAAGAAUGCAGCUCUCCUAUUCAGCCUUCCAGAGACCCUGUUUCCUAGCCUGCCUGGUCGUCUUGCACUUUGCUGCUGCAUUUGGUCCAGUGACUUUCUUAAAGUUCUACCAGCAAAAGCCUCCUUUGUGCCUCUUUCUGUCAUUGAUCUCUCGUGGAGCCUUUGUGGCACUCGCAACAUUUCUAUCUGCUGCCUAUUUUGUUUUCUAUGUCUAUGUCCGGGCUGACUCAAAGCACAUCUAUCAUUUAAACAACACAUCUCCAACACCUGCUGAACGCUACAACCGCUGCCCAUUUGCAGAGAGCAAAGACUGGAAUCGCGCAGCUGUAACAGUUUGCUUGUCAGCAUUGUUUUCUUUGGCAUGUGCAGGACUACAGUUAUAUGCAAUGCUUAAUGCUAUAGGUGUUAUAGGUGGAGAGGAAGUCUUUUAUCCUUGGCCCUGGUGGGCUUUUCAGUUUAGCUGUAGAAUAUGUGAGCUUGGCGUUUGUCUCACAUUAGCUUUGGUGGUUGCCCAACCAGUUUUUUGUUCCGACCAGCUUCCAGCAGCUGGAAGUUGUUGGACUGAACUACUAGCAACCAAGUCCCCAAUCCUGCCUGGGACCUACCAGUGGACACUUAGCCAGCAGGAGAAGCUUGCUAUUGUUGAUACAGUUGGGCUUGGUGAGACAGAGAACCUUCCACUGUACACUUUGAUGGAUGAGAGGCUUGGUAGCAGCCUGAACGGCUUGGACCUACUCUACCAUAGCAACCGGGCUUUAGCCUAUCGAGACCUCGACUUGGAUUUAGGGUUACUGGGUUCCAAAAAACCUGAGGAUGUGGAAGGCAGAGAACCUUCAGGUGGAUCGUCAUUUACAAGCGACUCCACUGCAGACCUGCGGCCCCCUUCACCAAUCAACUUGCGGCGUAGCAUAGAUGAGGCACUCUUCAGCGAGGCAUUGUUUCCCAUGAGCCUCUUCAGCCCUGUUAAACCCAUUUGCUCCAGUGACACAUCUGUAAAAGACCAUUGGGCACUCUCCGGCAGUGGCCCAUGUGGUUCUCUCUUUACUGAAUCCAGUCUUUAUCGAACCUCAUCUUGCUUAGAAAUGACCUCUGACCCACAGUUCCCUUCCAACCAGUGUCAAGGUGUAGCCACAGAGGGCAUUCCAGUAUCUCCCUCCAUGGUCUCAUCCUCCAGUGGUUCAUCCCCUGAACAUUGGAAGGGUAGUUCCUCUUUUGCUGGCUCCUCCCUGGUUCUUUGCCCAAAUACUGAGAGACAUACACAGCAGCUUCCACAGGAAGGAGGCUCAGAUAUGGCAUCCCAUAACCCACAGAAAAAAUACCAAGCCCUGGGAGCUGCCUCACAGGAAAGCCUAAACCUGUCAACUGAGACAGAUCGAUCUGUGCAGCAAGAAUUCAUCACAGUUUGCAGACAAAUGGAUUCUUUAAGCAUCUGCAGUGAGACUAUAGAUUUAUAAAAACAGACUGCUUUUUACAGCAAACCUACUGGAAUUUUAAAUGGUAUUUAAUAAUGCAUGUCAGCUUUACAUAAAUUUAAAAAACGUUAUAUGCUAAAGUGUUUCAGGAGGCUUAAUGAUACUUUUUAAAUAUUGAGUGAAUGUUCCUGAUAGUCUAAGUGCCAAGACUGUCAAAAGCCAAGAGAAUAUUUGUACAUUUUACAUGUCUGAUAAAAGCAGAUGCUGUGUGUUAUAAUAAGGGUUAGUUUUACUAAGUGGAAAUACAACAAGAAGUUAUUUGUACAAAUGUUUUUAUGGCAUUCCAACAUUCCAGUAAGUUGUACUGUGACAGAUAUAGGCUCUUAACUGCUACUGUUGUAAUAAGCUACAUAGGUCUCCAGUUAUUAUAGCUAAUCAUUAGUCUGGAUGUUUAAGUUUUUUUUUUUUUUUUCAAAACAUAAGCACCUCAUAACUACAUAUUUCUUAAAGUCAUAGCAGAUCGGUGCCCUCUGCUGGUAAAGUGCAGUAUAUCAAGCAUUUGUUUCAAUUCAUUGCUGUGAAUAUUGUGUGCCUAAUUACAGACCAGUUUUGUUUUUUGCUUUUUUCCCCCCACACAGUUUUUUAUAUAAAUAAACAACUUUGAAUAUAA